GGGACUAAAUAAUGUUUUGCAUUUGCAGUUCAUCUGCAGCAGCGGCGCGCCAAGAAUCACGAACAAAACGCUAUGAAAAGGGAAUGGCAGAAGGGCUCACUAUCGAUUCAUUUGGACAUUCCAUAUCACAGUUAGCAGACAUGGUGAGACACAGCCAGAUUGCCGAGCUGCAGGCUUUCCAGUACUCCCUUCAGAGUAACUCCCUGGCGUCGGGCUCAGUGGGAGAUUGCCUGCCAGCCGCCAGUGUCUCCUCUGCUCAGGCGCCUCACUGCUAUCCUCAGUCCUCCACAACAGCCAUGGAAGCCAGCAAGCCUGUUGAUAUCGCAGAGCACCCAAUGAGGAGGAAGAAGAAGAGGAGGACGAGAGCGACGGACAGCUUCACUGGAACCUUUACCGAUCUGUACAAGCUGACUGAGGAGAUGCUUGGACAGGGUGCGUACGCAAAGGUGCAAGGUUGCAUAAGCCUGCAGAAUGGGAAUGAGUACGCUGUGAAGAUCAUUGAGAAGAAGGCCGGACACAGUCGCAGCCGAGUUUUCAGGGAGGUGGAAACACUCUACCAGUGCCAAGGCAACAAGAACAUUCUGGAACUAAUUCAGUUCUUUGAAGAUGAUAAUUGCUUCUACUUGGUGUUUGAGAAGUUAAAAGGAGGGUCUAUUCUGACCCACAUCCAGAACCGUAAGCACUUUGAUGAACUGGAGGCCAGUCGAGUGGUCAGGGACAUAGCUCAAGCACUUGACUUCCUUCAUACCAAAGGUAUUGCUCAUCGUGACCUCAAGCCUGAAAACAUCCUGUGUGAAUACCCUGACAAGGUGUCUUCGGUGAAGAUCUGCGACUUUGACCUGGGCAGUGGCAUGAAGCUGAGCAGCGCCUGUACCCCCAUCACCACACCUGAGCUCACCACACCUUGUGGGUCUGCAGAGUACAUGGCCCCUGAGGUGGUGGAGGUGUUCACAGACGAGGCCUCGUUCUACGAUAAGCGCUGUGACCUCUGGAGCCUGGGGGUCAUCCUCUACAUCUUGUUGAGCGGGAGCCCCCCCUUCACUGGCCACUGUGGGACGGACUGCGGCUGGGACCGAGGAGAGGCCUGUCGCGCCUGCCAGAACAAUCUGUUUGAGAGCAUCCAGGAGGGGACGUACGAGUUUCCGGAGAGGGACUGGGCCCACAUCUCUGUCUGGGCCAAAGACCUGAUCUCCCGGCUGCUGGUGCGGGACGCCAAGCUGCGCCUCAGCGCCGCCCAGGUCCUACAGCACCCCUGGGUGCAGGGGAAUGCUCCAGAGAGAGGCCUCCCAACCCCGCACAUUCUUCAAAGGAACAGCAGCACCAAAGACCUGACGCAGUUCGCUGCGGACGCCAUCGCUUUCAACCGGCAGCUGUCCCAGCACGAGGAGGAGCGUGAGGACGCCAGCGCCGUGGUGUGCUCCAUGAAGCUGUCGCCCCCGUCCAACUCCAGGCUGGCCCGCCGCCGGGCACAGACCAACGCCCUCCGUGCCCAAGACUUCCUGCCCACGACCGAAGAGCCCUCAGCCUGAGCCACAUCAUCAGCCUCACCAACCCCUCUCAUGUCUGCUAAAGGACUCCUUGCAGGUGCCGCUCCCCCCCCCCCCCCCCGUCCCUGUUCGCCCUGUUCAGAACUAAAAUUGGAAGAUGUUGAGCUCAGGUUGUUUGUCGCCCCAAAAAGGUGUUAUCAGUUAUUUACCGGAGAAACGGAACAACAGGUGCCCCCUUUGACCGGCUCGAGCUCUUAACUCGCCUCAGGUUCUACAAUAUUUUUCUCGGCUGACGUGUUCUUUAACAAGCAUUUUUACUACAGUUACUGAUGGAAUUAGUUUAAAUGAAGCUACCUGCUGUAAGAUGCAAGGCCAAAUCCACGUUUUAAGAUGGGGGUGGUUAUUAAUUGAUUAAUUAUUCUGUGCUGUUGGAGCAUUGCUGUAAUUGUCAAUAACUUAUCUUGAUUUUAACCAAAUGGCCAGUAUUUGUCGGACUUUUAAUUCACAAAGUCCGAUUGAUUUAGUUUCGUGUUUAUUUAUUUUUAUAUUAGAGGUAAGGAAGAUGCUUGCAAUGGCAUGGUUGGAAUGAAGAACUAUUUUUAUAUUGUUGUCUUAAAUUGUGUUUGUUUCUGUUACUGAAAACUAUUUGUAGCACCCUACAUUUCCAUUCCAUAUCAUACUUGUAUAACUCCUAGAGGGUGACAUACAGGCCACCGUAGUCACUUGAUGACAGCAGUUAGAUGACAGCAGGUGUCAUUAUAGCCAACCUACUCUGUUACCUACAAAAUCAUUACCUCAGAAUCAAAUUGCACGCAUUUUUUGCACAUCCUUUUGAUAUUCUGAUUAUCAUACAAAUGUUGGCCUAUUAAGGACAGCUCCACAUACUUAGAUGCGCCAGUAUUGGUGUACCAACCCUCCUCACUUAUCGCAUUUUAUAUCAGUAUGUUGGGUAGUGUUAGAUAAUUGUAUGUGUUUUUACCUUUUGUUUUUUAUUGGUGGUCAUGGUCAUGUGAAGCCUCAGAAAGGCACUUUUAUCCCCCCCCCCCUUUCCCUCUUGAACCAUGAUGCUGUUACUCUUUCCUGUGUUUCUGUAUAUUUGUGUUUUAGUGACACUUUAAAAUUUUAGUGCUAUUUGCACAUAACAAAAUGUGCCAAAGUAGGAUGGUUUAAACAAUGUUUUUUUUUCUUUUAUCCAAGUUAUACUUCUAGCUUCAGUGAAAUGUUGUUGGCCUCUACAUUUGAUAUGAAGCAAAGAGAAGAAGCAGGCUGUUAGCCCAUGUGUUGCCUCACUCUAAUAAAAAAACUUUGGGCAUUAGCUGUUGAACAAGAAUAGUUGCCUCUUGAAUAUAUGCAGUGUUUGGCAGAUUGGCGAUAUCAACAGGAACCCCGACGCAAAGGCAGUUGUUGUUGUUGUGUUUUUUUUUUUUUUUUUUUGGUCAGACGAGUUCUCAUCCUGUUUGCUCAGAACACUGUGGCCCCUACUCUGGAACAUCUUCCCACGUCACUUAAACAAGGUUACCGGGAUUAGCCUCCUGAAGUUAAGUGGUCAUGCCAGAACGAGUCGUUCAAGCGAUAUUUAAACAUGUUUUUCAUUUUGAUAUUUUUCCGAGGCAGUCUUUAGCCCUACAGCAGACUGUAGUUUUCAAGGGAGUUCAAGGUGUAGAAAUGCUCUUCUGAGGUGUCUGCAGUGAACCAUGACAAUUCCUGAAGUUUGCCUACUGAGAGGUGCUGGCAUGACAACUCGUAUUGCACUUCGAAAAAAAAAAAAAAGGGUUUGACAUGGAAAUAAAUAAAUCAUACAUAUCUUUGGGACAGA